CAGCUGCGAGAUCACUUUGCCUCUCCGCUGUCACAAGUCGCUGACUGUCUUGGCAGCCGCACUGAGUUGAAGCUCAGACUCCAUGGCCUCAGAUCUGGACAACUGCUACCUGUGUAAGGAAUACCUCAGGGACCCCGUGUCCAUUCCCUGCGGACACAUCUUCUGCUCCAUCUGUCUGAAGACUUACUGGGACCACACCGACCACACUGGUUCCUACCUCUGCCCACAGUGUCGGGUCACCUACAACAAGAGGCCCACGCCGAGGCGCCUCGGAGGAUCCCGACAGUCUUCCUUGCAACGCAACUCCGACCCCUACCCGCCGCCGCCUCCCUCCCCGGACUACAACAUGGCGGGACCGCAUGACGUCCCCUGCGACGUCUGCAGCGAUAAGAAGUACAAGGCAGUCAAGAGCUGCCUGAUGUGCCUGGCCUCCUACUGCGAGAAGCAUGUCCGGUCCCACUCCUCAGCCACUUUUAAGCGACACAAGCUGGUGGAUGUUAUUGACAACCUGGACAGGCAGGUGUGCCCCCAGCAUCAGAAGGGUCUGGAGCUCUUCUGCCGCACCGACCAAAUGUGCAUCUGCGUUUUGUGCACGGUGAAGGAACAUAAAGGUCAUGACAUGGUGUCGGCCGAGCAAGAGCGAUCCGACGAACAGCAAAGACUGGGAGCCACCCAGGCGGAGAUCCAGGAGAAGAUUCACAACCGGCUGAAGCAGAUGGAAGAGCUUAAACAAGCUGUGGACUCGCUGAAGACGUCAGCACAGAGGACCAUGCAGGAAUGCGAGAAGAUGUUCGGAGAUAUGAUGCGGUCCAUCGAGAGGAUGCAGCAGGAGAUGGCCAAGCUGGUCACGUCCAACAAGAGGGCGGCGCUCAACAACGCCGAAAGCCACAUGGAGCGUCUGAGCCACGAGAUCGCCGACCUGAAGAGGAGAGACGAUGAGAUCACCCAGCUGUCCCGCACCGAGGACCACAUUCACUUCAUCCAGAGCUACCACGUGCUGAUCGCACAGACUGAAGCGGAGGAGCUGCCCAACGUUGCCGUCAACCGUUAUUUCUCCUUCGGCCAAGCGAGCAAAACCGUCUCCGAGAUGAAGCAGCAUUUGAACGAAUUGGCCAAUGAUGAACUGGCGAAGGUGGCCAAGUCAAUCAACAAAAUGUCCUUCUGUGAACUGGAGGACUCCAAAAAGAAACGUUCAAUGAAAGGCGAUGAAGCCCCCAUGUAUAAGCCGAUGCAAGUCCUGGAGCCGCAGCACCGGGACGAUUUCCUGAGAUAUGCGUGUCAGCUGACUCUGGACCCAAACACUGCCUAUAGACAACUGUACUUGUCCCGGGGGAACAGGAAAGCCGCUCUAAAGAAAGACCCCCAAUCGUACCCUGAUAGCAGCGCCAGGUUCGACUCCCUGCCCCAGGUUCUCUGCAUGGAGAAUCUCUCUGGUGGUGCCUACUACUGGGAGGUGGACUGGAGCGGGGAGGGCGCAGCCAUCGGCGUCACCUACAAGAACCUCAAGAGGACUGGGUACGGAGACAGCUGCCGCAUCGGAUACAACCGAAAAUCCUGGAGUCUCUUCUGCUCCGACUCAAGCUACUCCGCUCGCCACAACAAAGACCAGAUGGAGAUAAAUGCCCCCUACUCCUCUCGAAUCGGGGUCUUCCUGGAUCACGCCGGGGGGACUCUCUCUUUCUAUGCCGUGGGAGAAGGGAUGUCUCUCAUCCACCGCUUCAAGGCCUCUUUCACUGAACCCGUCUAUCCCGGCUUCUGGGUUUGGUACGAAUCAGCCAUCACCCUCAUUCAGCUCUGAGUUGCUGCCAGUAAUCGAUGAAGGAAAUAAUACGCUGAUUUCUGUUUCGAUCGCCAAGGUUCCUUUUUAUAUGACCUGUUCUACAAAUCAAUGUUUGAUGAGCAAAAUAAAGCGAUUUUAUGCAAGGAUUUAAAGAUUAUGAAGAUUACAUACGUGAUUGUACUGUAUGAAGGUUUU